GUGGAAUCCCGGACUCGCAUCGCCCACUUCUGAUUCCAAGAAUUUUCGAAGCUAAAUAUAGACACGUCGAUGCUGACAAAAUGUACUUUACCGAUGGGUCUCUAAUUGAGGAAUCAACGGGAUUCGGAGUGUUCAACGAAACAACUAGCGCCUCUUAUAACCUCCAGUCUCCAUGCUCUGUGUAUAUAGCAGAGUUAGCUGCUAUUCACUGGGCCUUGGACAGCAUCGCCUCACGGCCUGUUGGGCACUACUACAUUGUAACGGAUAGUCUAAGCUCAGUUGACGCAAUACGAUCAAUACGACCGGGAAAGCACUCGCCGUUCUUCCUAGAGAAGAUACGGGAUACUUUGAGUGCUUUAACAAGACGUCGCUUUCCCAUUACCUUUGUUUGGGUUCCCUCUCAUUGCUCGAUAGUGGGCAAUGAGAAGGCAGACUCUCUGGCAAAGGUGGGGGCGACGGAAGGCGACACGUAUCCACGUGAAAUCGUCUUCAACGAAUUCUACUUCUUGGUACGAGGGAACUCUCUUGUCAACUGGCAGCGCAAAUGGGACGAGGAUGAGGAUGGUCGGUGGCUCCACUCGAUUAUCCCAAAGACGCGGUACUCUAUCGUUUUGACAUUGCUGGCAGCAAUUUGUGUAGUUGCGGCCAAGGUUACCAUGACAUCGAGCAUAUUGUUUGGUCGUGUGAGGUCCAUCUUGUCGCCAGAACGAAUUUAAUAGACUCCCUUAGGGCCCGAG